AUGGGUCUCUGGCAAAAGAUGCAGGCCAAGAAGCAGGGCCCUCCUAUCAGCGACGAGGAUCUUCUCAAGUACACCGGCAAGACCCGCGAAGAGUUUGAGGAGUUCAAGAAGGACACUCCCGGUGUUGCUGGCAACCAGCUAGCUGGAAAGCUCGCUAUGGGCGGUACAAGCGGCCUCGCUGGUGCUGCAACCUCAGGCGGCUACGGAGGUUGGGGCCCAGGAGCAGGCGAAAAUGGCCCAAACCGCGGCAUGAAGUUCCCUCCUGAAAAGACAGCCAAGAAGCUCGAGGACGAUGAGUAA